AUGGAGAUUAUCCCGGCCGCAGAUCCUUCGCGGGUGAACGCCCCGGCAAACGCGAACAUCCAGGCAGUGUGGAAACUCAACGAGUUGGAAUUGAAACACAACCUCACCGGCGAGGCUUCCUGGCACUGGACGUACCGCAAUUCUUCCUACAUUUUCAUCGGUGGCCUGGAUGUUCGUCUAACCGAAGGAGACAUCAUCAUCGUCUUCUCCCAGUGGGGCGAACCGGUGGACAUCCAUCUCGUCCGCGAUAGAAAAACCGGCGUUCCAAAAGGAUUCUGUUUCUUGGCGUACGAGGAUCAGCGAUCAACGAUCCUCGCGGUUGACAACGCAAACGGCAUGAAGCUGCUUAACAGCACACUGCGAGUUGACCACUGCAAGAACUACCGACCGCCGCGAAAAGACGAAGACGACGAUGGAGGGGAGUAUGAAGCUACCGGAGCAGAAGGAGCCGGCAUUGGAGUGUAUCGGGUGACAGAAGACGAGAAGAAGAAGGAAGCGGCGCUGUCGCAGGCGGCGCGCCUGCAGAAAGAGACAGAAGCGUUGCAAACAAAGAUCGCGGGGCGACACGGGAAAGACGUCGACGAAAUGUGGGCUGAGGAAUUCGAGGAGAUGCUGAAACAAGUGAAUGAAGACGCGGAGGAGGAGGCGAAGCAAGUCCUCCGUGCGGAGCGAAGGAGACAGAAGGAAGAGAAGAGGCGGCUGAAGGCGGAGAGAAAGCGCGAGAAAAAGGAGAUGAAGAGAAUAAAGAAGAUGAAGAGGCGAAGGCUCGAAGAGACAGUCGACGGCGAUGAGAGCGACACGACCGUUCCCACCGCGACGGCUCUCUUCACACGAGACUGA